AUGGAAGCUGAUGGCAAUGCUGUCGUUCCCUUGCGUCAGAAGGCAAAAAAGAAAAGUCAAGGGUUCUUUACAAUGAGCCGACGGAGGAUAUCGUGUAAAGAGCUGGGGCAAGCUGAUUGCCAAGGAUGGCUCUACAAAAAGAAGGAAAAAGGAGCUUUCAUUGGUAACAAAUGGAAAAAGUUCUGGUGCGUGCUGAAGGAGUCAUCGCUAUAUUGGUACAGCAGUCAGCUGGCUGAAAAAGCAGAAGGAUUUAUCAGACUUCCAGACUUCAGUGUGGACCGAGCAACUGAAUGCAAAAAAAAGCAUGCUAUUAAGAUCAGCCACCCACAGAUCAAGACAUUUUAUUUUGCAGCAGAAAAUGUUCUGGAAAUGAACACGUGGCUAAGUAAGCUGGGAAUGGCUGUAGACCCUCAGGCACCCAACGGGAAGAAUGAGGAAGAAUGCUACAGCGAAAGCGAACAUGAUGAUCCAGAAAUAACAGACACACCACCUCCCCCCUACACAGUCCAACCACCACCUCCUCCUUUGGAUCAACAGAAGUCUUCUCUCACCUCAACUCUGUCAAGUGAAGCAUCUUGUUCUCUCUCCUCUCCUGAAAGCACUUUCAACUCCCAAGAGUCGUCAUCUUCCUUGAUGUCCAAAGUGGUUUAUCCCGAGAGGCAGUCCUGGCUUGACCUAGUUAACAGCUCUGCCACAGAAGAGGGUGAUCAGCCUUUAACUUUCUGCGUACAGAUUCACUCUGAUGAGCCACCAGAAGUAGACUGUGGAGAAGCGGCAGAAAGCCAGGAGGUCCACCUUUCCAAAUCCAGUGGUGGAUCCCAAAACUUUUUUUUAGGUCCAGAUACACAUUGUCUAGCUGUGCCAGACGCAACAGGACAGAGAUCACUAGCCAAAG